AUGAGCACCAUAAAUUCAAUGGCUUCAGCAGGCCCCAUGGCCAAUCCUGUGUUUGUGGUGACACCCCACAAUGGUUACUCCAUGGUCCCAGGAGUCGUGUCUCAGGUACCUCUGUAUCCAAGUAACCAGCCCCAAGUCCACCUGAUUCCUGGGAACCCACCUGGCCUAACGUCGAAUUUGAGUGAGCAAGCUGCUCGGAGAGCCUUGAAAGAAGGCAAAGUCUUAGGGGCCCUGCAGAUCCUGAUUGGCCUGGUACACAUCGGCUUUGGCUCCGUCUUCGUGACUGUCCUCAGUGGGUACUAUGUAGCUGUCUCAUUCUUUGGAGGCUUUCCUUUCUGGGGAGGCAUCUGUUUCAUCAUUUCAGGAUCCCUCUCAGUUUCUGCAGAAAAACAGCCAGAAUCUUCCUGCCUGCUGAAUGGCAGCGUGGGCAUGAACAUCGUCAGCGCAAUCUCCUCUGCAGUUGGAAUCCUGCUCUUCAUCACCGAUAUCAGUAUUGCUGCCACAUCUCAUUACUCUGACCCUGACUAUAAUUCUCACUAUUACACCUGGGGUCUGAGCCCUGGGGUGGCGAUUUCCUCUGUGCUGCUCGUGUUCUGCCUCCUGGAGUUCGGCAUUGCAUGCGCAUCUUCCCACUUUGGCUGCCAAUUGACCUGCCGUCAACACAACAAUGUGGGUGUGAUAUACCAAAAUGUCUAUACAGCAAACCCAGUGGUGGUCCCAGAACCAGAGGACCCGCCACCAGAAUAUUCCACCCAAAUCCCGGGUUCCAAAUGAGCAAAGCCAAAGUUCUUGGACGCAUCUUUCACUGGAACCAAAAGAAGACCUCCCCUUUCUGGUCUUCCAGACCCAGCUCUUCCUUUUCCAAUAAACUGAGAGAAAUGUCUCUCCAACUACAUGCAUCCUGGACUUCAUUCUUCAACUCGGCCUGGUAAAUGGAGCUGUUCCUCCAUUAAAAAGGAGACAGUAAUUUAAAGUGGAUUUUAG